GUUCCAGAUUUUUCAAGAACACUCCUGAAUGAAGAGCUCACUCUUGCUAAAGUGGGAGGUGAAGUUGUCAUUGAGUGGUAAGCCAAAAGCAUCUCCAAACCUGUUUACACCUGGAAGAAAGGAAGGGACAUAUAUUAAAAGAAAAUGAAAGAAUUACCGUUUCUGAAGAUGGAAACCUCAGAAUCAUCAACGUUACUAAAUCAGAUGCUGGGAGUUAUACCUGUAUAGCCACUAACCAUUUUGGAACUGCUAGCAGUACUGGAAACUUGGUAGUGAAAGACCCAACAAGGGUAAUGGUACCCCCUUCCAGUAUGGAUGUCACUGUUGGAGAAAGCAUUGUUUUGCCGUGCCAGGUGACGCAUGAUCACUCACUAGACAUCGUGUUUACUUGGUCAUUUAAUGGACACCUGAUAGACUUUGACAGAGAUGGGGACCACUUUGAAAGAGUUGGAGGGCAGGAUUCAGCUGGUGAUUUGAUGAUCCGAAACAUCCAACUGAAGCAUGCUGGGAAAUAUGUCUGCAUGGUCCAAACAAGUGUGGACAGGCUAUCUGCUGCUGCAGACCUGAUUGUAAGAGGUCCUCCAGGUCCCCCAGAGGCUGUGACAAUAGACGAAAUCACAGACACCACUGCUCAGCUCUCCUGGAGACCCGGGCCUGACAACCACAGCCCCAUCACCAUGUAUGUCAUUCAAGCCAGGACUCCGUUCUCCGUGGGCUGGCAAGCAGUCAAUACAGUCCCAGAACUCAUUGAUGGGAAGACAUUCACAGCAACCGUGGUGGGUUUGAAUCCUUGGGUCGAAUAUGAAUUCCGCACAGUUGCAGCCAAUGUGAUUGGGAUUGGGGAGCCCAGCCGCCCCUCUGAGAAACGGAGAACAGAAGAAGCUCUCCCCGAAGUCACACCAGCGAAUGUCAGUGGUGGCGGAGGCAGCAAAUCUGAACUGGUUAUAACCUGGGAGACGGUCCCUGAGGAAUUACAGAAUGGUCGAGGCUUUGGUUAUGUGGUGGCCUUCCGGCCCUAUGGUAAAAUGAUCUGGAUGCUGACAGUGCUGGCCUCAGCUGACGCCUCCAGAUACGUGUUCAGGAAUGAGAGCGUGCGCCCCUUCUCUCCCUUUGAGGUUAAAGUAGGUGUCUUCAACAACAAAGGAGAAGGCCCUUUCAGUCCCACCACAGUGGUGUAUUCUGCAGAAGAAGAACCCACCAAACCACCAGCCAGUAUCUUUGCCAGAAGUCUUUCUGCCACAGAUAUUGAAGUUUUCUGGGCCUCGCCACUGGAGAAGAAUAGAGGACGAAUACAAGGUUAUGAGGUUAAAUAUUGGAGACAUGAAGACAAAGAAGAAAAUGCUAGAAAAAUACGAACAGUUGGAAAUCAGACAUCAACAAAAAUCACGAACUUAAAAGGCAGUGCACUGUAUCACUUAGCUGUCAAGGCAUAUAAUUCUGCUGGGACAGGCCCCUCUAGUGCAACAGUCAAUGUGACAACCCGAAAGCCACCACCAAGUCAACCCCCUGGAAACAUCAUAUGGAAUUCAUCAGACUCCAAAAUUAUCCUGAAUUGGGAUCAAGUGAAGGCCCUGGAUAAUGAGUCAGAAGUAAAAGGAUACAAAGUCUUGUACAGAUGGAACAGACAAAGCAGCACAUCUGUCAUUGAAACAAAUAAAACAUCGGUGGAGCUUUCUUUGCCUUUUGAUGAAGAUUAUAUAAUAGAAAUUAAGCCAUUCAGUGACGGAGGAGAUGGCAGCAGCAGUGAACAAAUUCGAAUUCCAAAGAUAUCAAAUGCCUACGCAAGAGGAUCCGGGGCUUCCACUUCGAAUGCAUGUACGCUGUCAGCCAUCAGUACAAUAAUGAUUUCCCUCACAGCUAGGUCCAGUUUAUGACAAAAGUUAUCUAAAGGACUUGCUGUUUAUAAUAUAAGCAACAUUUAGCUAGUUGUUUUGAAGACACCCAGUACUAAGUAAUAUUGUUGUUCAAGUACAUCUUAUUACUGGAAUAAAAAUGUUUUUUGCUUCUUUAGGAAUGGCAUUAUACAGUACUUCCUCAAAGCAAAUCUAGCUUUGUCUGAAGUUUCUUUGGAAACUCUGCAAUGCACUGAAGACAUCUGUAAUAUGAUGUUACCAAAGCAGUUUACAUAUGUCCUUAUAUGCAUAUUUUUUAUUAUAUAUUUAGUGUUUUAUAGAAUUUUUUAAAGUUAACAUAUAAUGUAGAUAUUACUUUUUUUCCUCAGCUGUAAAAUGCUAUGGACAACACAAUCAUGCAAUUAUAAUUUGAAGAUAUUUCCUUUAAAGACAGAGUUUGAAACUCAUCUUGGUAAAUAAAUUGCAAAUUACUUGUACAGUUUUACAAGGAUCUCGUGGCAGAACAGCUGAAGACUUGGUCUAUAACUCAAGGCUGCUGUAUGCAAAUUACUCUUCUAGUGGUUAAUGCAUUGAAUCAAGUCCUUUUGACAUGUACAAUAUGUUUUCCCAUGACGUUGUGAAUUUUGUUGUUCAAUACAACUUGAGAUGGUUUCAGGAAUGGCUGCAAUCUCAAAAGCUAAAUUUACUGCCCAAGAGGCACCUUGUGCAAUAUUCCCAUCCCUGAAUUUAGCAUUGUACAGUAAGAUUUUCUUUUCACUCAACUAAGUUAGCAUUGUCUUUGUAGUAGCACUAUCUUAGACAUUAAAUUUGAAGUAACAUAUAUCCUGUAGUAACAUAGAUCAAAAGUUACUAUAGUCACCCAAGUCUUUCAAAGGAUAAAAGAUAAUUUUAUUAUCUUUAACUGUAUCUAUUUUGAAUGUAAAUUUUAAAAAAAAGUAAUUCUCUGUCAAUGGAUUAGUAAUUUCUUUACAAAAUUUCUUAUAUAUAGUAUGUGUAUCUCUGUAAUAAUAGAGCCCUUCUUUUGAAUCAAAAUUACAUAUGGAGUUUGGAAGAUUUCUCCUAUUUCAACAAAUAGUUGCUGCAAGAAUUUUUAAUAUGACUCUAUAAAAGACCUUUAGUACAAUUGUAUGGUUUCUUGAUGAUUCUGUUUUGCAAUAGGUAGCCUAGUUGCUUUAUCUACUUUACCUUCUAAGUCUUAAAAUCACACAUUGGAAAAUGACAAUAUCCACAAAACUGUAUUCUUAUGAAAAGAACUAUUUGUUACAAUGGGAAAGGUUUUGUAAGCAAACGCUAGUGGAACAGUGACAUAAAAGGCAAUGAAAUUUUCUACAGACAUUUUCUCAUGUAAACAUGCUGCCACCUUUUCUUCUUUCUCAGAGAACUCAAAUUUGCUGUAAUUUGUCAUUUUUGCUUACAAAUAAUAUAACUUUUCAACCUUCUUCUUAUAUUUAUCCAAUAAAGUCAUAAUCAGGAUUCCAUUUGUGUAAAAACUAGGGUGGUAACCGGAAAAAAAAAUAUUGUCAGUAUUUCAAGCUGUGUUCCUUUCUUAGUUUGAUAUGGUUACUUCUAUGUUAAAAUAAAAUAAAAUUUAAAAUCACAUGCAAAAAAAUCAACAAAAUAAUAAAAUGAAUGAAAAAAAAUGACACCCAGGGAGUUCCCAACCCCAGUGUAAAUGAUAUUUACCAGUGAUCUAGCAUAUGUAAUCUUUUUUAAAGGUAUUGUUAAUAAAUAUUCUGUCAUUUGUAAAGA